AUGCUAACUUAUAUAGAUUUUUGUCUUAAACUAGCUAAAAUAAUUAAAGAUGAGAAAAUAGAAUCACUAUCUUUGUAAACUUUAGUAGAGGAAACAAUUAACUUAUUAGAUAGAUAAUAACCUCCGAUUGAUACAUAUGUAUUUGUUGUUUAUAAUAAGAGGAAGAAGUAAUUGCCAAAGAAUUAUAGUUUUACAGAACUGAAUGCUAAUAUCUCAAUAAAUUAAGACUCUCAUUACAAAUUUAAGUGAAGGUAAUUAGAAUAAAUAAAUAGCAACUGCAAAGAUAAUUAUAGGAGGAAAAAGAAACUAAUAUUGAAUUAUCAAAUGUUCUAAAAACGCAAAAACAAGAAUAGUUAUUGAGUUAAACUAAAACUGAAGGGUUGAAUAAUAUCAAUCAAAAAAAUGAACCUCCAAAGUUAAGUACAAGAUAACAUAAAGAUUGUAACUAAAUACUUUUAUAUCCUAUAUUUAUAUAGAGUUUAGUGUAACCUAAAGAUAACCCUUAUUGCCUUAAACAACUAAAUAGAUGCAACUAGCUCCUCAUCUUACAAUUGAGAUUAAAAAUAUUAAAACUCCAUUGUUGGAGCAUUAAGAUCCUAAAAAUCUUAAAGAAUUAUUCCAUUAAUGUGUAUAAUAGAUUUCUAGAGAAAAUUAAAUGAGAGGAAAUCAUAUUAAAAAAAAUAAACAAAUAUGCAGCAGAGAUUGUUCAGGAUAAUUUCAAAUAUGUGAAGAAGAGAAAGAUCUUACCUUUUCAAAAUUAGAUAUCAAAACACUAACAGAAAAGUAUUUAUAUAUAAAUAAAAUGAUAAUAGAUUUUUCUUAAAUCCAAAUUUUUUAAAGAUGAUUGAGGCCUAAAUAUUUGAUAUAAAGUGUUGUAAUAAUAAGGCUUGUCUUUACAAUUUUAGAUAACCAGAAUAAUAAUUAGAACCUUAAAUAAUCUAAAAUGAAAGUAAAGUUCUUUAAAUUCCUAAGAAAAUACCAUAAUUUCGAUCAGAUUAUAGGAGUAAAAGUGUAGGUAGAUAAGAUGGUAUAAUAUAAUAAUAAUUUUAGAUUUAAAACUUUAGUAUUAGUAUUUAUUCGCCGAUGUAUUACGUUUAGAAAGAGAAUUAUGUGCAACCCCAAAAUAAAAUAAAAAUAGAUAAAUUGAAUUAAAAAGCUAAUUGAAAGAUGUUCGUGAAAAACUAUAUCAAUUACAGUGCAAGAUUUUAAAUUGA